AUGUUGCUCUGGGAGAUCUCUAUCCAAGGCAGCACUCCGGCACUUGCUCCGCCCGUGCAGCGGCGCUUGCUGCUCUUCGACCUCGUCUCGCUCUUCGUCUACUCGAGCCUCGUCUCGUGUGCCGCCUCUUGGGCGGCGUGGCGUGGCGGGCGGCUGUCUCUGCCGCCGCCUCAAGUGAGCCUCGUCUCGCUCUUCGUCUACUCGAGCCUCGCCUCGUCUGCCGCCUCGUGGGCGGCGUGGCGGGCGGGCGGCUGUCUGUGCCGCCGCCUGCCUCGCCUCGUAUGCCGCUUGUGGGGAGCGUGGCGUGGCGGGCGGCUGUCUCUGCCGCUGCCUCGUGUGAGCCUCGUCGCGCUCUUCGUCUACUCGAGCCUCGUCUCGUGUGCCGCCUCGUGGGCGGCAUGGCGUGGCGGGCGGCUGUCUCUGCCGCCGCCUCGAGUGAGCCUCGUCUCGCUCUUCGUCUGCUCGAGCCUCGUCUCGUGUGCCGCCUCGUGGGCGGCGUGGCGUGGCGGGCGGCUGUCUCUGCCGCCGCCUUGUGUGAGCCUCGUCUCGCUCUUCGUCUACCCGAGCCUCGUCUCGUGUGCCGCCUCGUGGGCGGCGUGGCGUGGCGGGCGGCUGUCUCUGCUGCCGCCUCGAGUGAGCCUCGUCUCGCUCUUCGUCUACUCGAGCCUCGUCUCGUGUGCCGCCUCGUUGGCGGCGUGGCGUGGCGGGCGGCUGUCUCUGCCGCCGCCUCGAGUGAGCCUCGUCUCGCUCUUCGUCCACUCGAGCCUCGUCUCGUGUGCCGCCUCGUGGGCGGCGUGGCGUGGCGGGCGGCUGUCUCUGCCGCCGCCUCGUGUGAGCCUCGUCUCGCUCUUCGUCUACUCGAGCCUCGUCUCCCUCGUCUCGCUCUUCGUCUACUCGAGCCUCGUCUCGUGUGCCGCCUCGUGGGCGGCGUGGCGUGGCGGGCGGCUGUCUCUGCCGCCGCCUCGAGUGAGCCUCGUCUCGCUCUUCGUCUACUCGAGCCUCGUCUCGUGUGCCGCCUCGUGGGCGGCGUGGCGUGGCGGGCGGCUGUCUCUGCCGCCGCCUCGAGUGAGCCUCGUCUCGCUCUUCGUCUACUCGAGCCUCGCCUCGUGUGCCGCCUCGUGGGCGGCGUGGCGUGGCGGGCGGCUGUCUCUGCCGCCUCGAGUGAGCCUCGUCUCGCUCUUCGUCUACUCGAGCCUCGUCUCGUGUGCCGCCUCGUGGGCGGCGUGGCGUGGCGGGCGGCUGUCUCUGCCGCCGCCUCGUGUGAGCCUCGUCUCGCUCUUCGUCUUCUCGAGCCUCGCCUCGUGUGCCGCCUCGUGGGCGGCGUGGCGUGGCGGGCGGCUGUCUCUGCCGCCGCCUCGUGUGAGCCUCGUCUCGCUCUUCGUCUACUCGAGCCUCGCCUCGUGUGCCGCCUCUUGGGCGGCGUGGCGUGGCGGGCGGCUGUCUCUGCUGCCGCCUCGAGUGAGCCUCGUCUCGCUCUUCGUCUUCUCGAGCCUCGCCUCGUGUGCCGCCUCGUGGGCGGCGUGGCGUGGCGGGCGGCUGUCUCUGCCGCCUCGAGUGAGCCUCGUCUCGCUCUUCGUCUACUCGAGCCUCGUCUCGUGUGCCGCCUCGUGGGCGGCGUGGCGUGGCGGGCGGCUGUCUCUGCCGCCGCCUCGUGUGAGCCUCGUCUCGCUCUUCGUCUCCUCGAGCCUCGCCUCGUGUGCCGCCUCGUGGGGCGGCGUGGCGUGGCGGGCGGCUGUCUCUGCCGCCUCGAUGAGCCUCGUCUCGCUCUUCGUCUACUCGAGCCUCGCCUCGUGUGCCGCCUCGUGGGCGGCGUGGCGUGGCGGGCGGCUGUCUCUGCCGCCUCGAGUGAGCCUCGUCUCGCUCUUCGUCUACUCGAGCCUCGUCUCGUGUGCCGCCUCGUGGGCGGCGUGGCGUGGCGGGCGGCUGUCUCUGCCGCCGCCUCGUGUGAGCCUCGUCUCGCUCUUCGUCUCCUCGAGCCUCGUCUCGUGUGCCUCCUCGUGGGGCGGCGUGGCGGGCGGCUGUCUGUCUCUGCCGCCGCCUCGAGUGAGCCUCGUCUCGCUCUUCGUCUACUCGAGCCUCGCCUCGUGUGCCGCCUCGUGGGGCGGCGUGGCGGGCGGCUGUCUCUGCCGCCGCCUCGAGUGA